GUCAGCCACAGCGGGUCCGGGCCGAGCUGGGAAGGUGUGAAAAGCGACGCAAACAUGAGCGACAAGGGGACACCAUCACCUAAAGAGGAAACAGAGAAGAGGGGGCGUGGAAGACCCCGCAAGCAGCCCCAGGUGAAGCCCGAUGACGAGCCGAGUGGGUCCCCGACUCCAAAGAGGUCCAGAGGACGGCCAAAGGGCAGCAAGAACAAGUCAGCUGGCAAGGGCAAAGCGACGGCAGCAGCUCCACCUACAGGAGCGAAACGCAGAGGAAGACCCAAGAAGGAGGAGAAGGAGGAGAAGGCGUCCCAGGAAUCAUCCGAGGCGGAGGAGGAAGAGGACCAGUAACUCCCAACGCAUGCUACCUCACUCAACAUACUGACUUACUGUUAAACCAGAGCUGGGCUGUAUCUCCAACACCAGUGCCACCACAUGACCACUGUUCACGACAGGGCCCUCUUUUGCCAAAAGGAGGCUUAACACAGUAAAUAAUCAUGCAACAGCACUGGAUAGACAGACGGACCUUGCUCAAGCAUAGAUCUCAGAAUAUCAUGAAAGGUAACAGCCCUUUCUUCUACAUGUCAUGCUAUCACAAGUCUUUUAUACUGGACAAAGGUUUGCUCUACAGAGCCUGGAUGUUUCUGUUUUUUCCCCCUAAAGAUGGUUUCUAGGACAUUUUCUCUGCUCAAUGUUACUUCUUUGUCGUUCCCGCAUCUGAGAUGGUAGGGCGUAUAGAUUUUUCUCCCAUGUUUUGUACUGGACAAAGGUGAAUUUUACCGAUACUUGUUUGUUUUUUUUCUUUUUUCGUGUGUUCACGUGAAGUGGUUAACCAUUGCAAUCACGUCUGUAGAUGGAGUUGAGCUUCAGCGUUUAGGAGGAGAAUAGGUAACGGCUGGUGUGUUUGUUCUUUCUUUCCACCCCUCUUCCCGUGUCUAACCUCAACCCCAUGGUCUCACCAGUAGAGCAGAACCAUCGCCCCCUCCUCCUCCACCUGUAGGGCAGUUAAAACCUAGAUAUGCUUCUGCCUUCUCGGUACUCGGCGUGUAAUGGGGAGAUGUUGACGUAUCAUUAACUAAUCAGAAUAGUCCGAUCAGACUUACUGUUUUUGUUCUUUUGGGGGUUACUUACCAUUUAAAGACAAAAAACCACAAAAACAUGGGUGUGCUGCUUUUCAUGUCAUAAUAAAAAUCAAAUCUAUAUGGUAUAACGUGUGUUUUUAAAGGAUAGGGUAACUUGGCAGAGGCUGAACGCAUCAGUGUUGUUUCUUCAGGGAGCUUUUACAAAAAAGUGCUGUUACAUUGGUCCUCUGUUUCCUCGGUUUCCACGCGCUUGUCAAUCACUCGAGGCAGAUGCGCAGAGGAUUGUAAUGGAGGAUAGUGGGCGGCGGCACCAGUGUCCAACAGGGCUGAACGUUUUCAUUCCACGUAGCACUCACUGCUUCACCUAGGGGUCGGUCUCUCUGUCAGAACUUAGUACCGGUCAACAAAAAUAUCUACUUUUCUUAGUCUUUUUUUGAAGAUGUGUGUUGUAUGACAUCGGCUAAAGAAAAAAAAUAUAUAAUGUUUUGUGUAUUUCUAAGUGUCAGGGAACCCGCGGUCACAGUCCACUUAAACUGGGUUUUUUCCAUACACCUAAGCUGCUACAACCUCAGUUACGAAACCCGGAAAAACUGCAAACAGGCGAAACACGGCCUGGAUCUUCAUACCUCACUCAAGAGCUUACUUUACCAUUACAAAUGCAUUUAACUGGUUUUUCUGUUGUUUUUUUUUAAAUGUAACCUCUGGCAUGAGAUGGA